CGCCUGUCUCGUGGAUAUUUUAAUUCAUUAAUUGACCGUUGAAUACGGACUGGCUAUUAAUAUUUUAGUUUACCUAUUUAUUUUCACUUUCGUCCGCCGCCAUGCUUUCCACUAUGACACGCCCAGAGGAUUCGAUCCGAAUGCCUCGCUCAUACCGUGGUGACGUUGACGAGGAAGAUGCGAGCAGGCGAAUUCCGGAACUUAAUAUUCUUUCUUCUUCGUCAUCGUCGUCCUCUUCAUCCAAUAUUGAAGCGCUAGAAAAAAGUGAAGAUGAAACAACGCUCGUAAACGGAUCUGCGGGUGACAGGGUUGGCAAUGUUGGCAAUGUUGGCAAACCUCACACAGGGCCUCGACUUCUCUCGCCCGACGAGACUAUUGAGCUUGCUCGUUGCGCCGUGGAUAGUGGGAUUCAAGAAACGAAACGCUCUUUGGCAGGAAGUGAAGCGGUCAGUGAUGUCGUGAAACCAAAGUUGACUAUCGAUCUGGGCCAUUCGAACAUCGUGCGCAUUCCGGAACCAGUGGUGGACAUAAUUAAAGAUGAAGUCGAGCGGUAUGUAUCUGUUACCGGGUUAUUUCUAGGACCACCAAGUGUUUCAUCGCUUUUGUUAGAGGGGCUGCUGAUCAUUUUUAGACUCUCCUUAUCAAACAAUUAUCUGUCUCACAUUCCCUAUCGUUUUGCAGAGUGUUUCCAUCUUCGGUACCUUAACAUUAGAGCGAACAACUUCCGGGAAUUUCCUAAGGGUGUUUACAAAUUGCCGCUCCUCGAAAUCUUGGAUCUCAGCCGUAACAAGAUCAGUCAUCUUCCCGAAGAAAUCAAGCAAUUGACUUCUCUACGGGUUCUGUCAGUGAUGCAGAACCGCCUUGAUGAUCUGCCCCUUGGGGUAUCUGAUAUGAAUAAGCUUCAGAUCCUGAAGGUUGCCGGAAACCCCUUGCGGAAUCCUCUACGAGAGCUCUUAGAGAUUUCAGAAACAGAUAUUGCACCCUCCACUAUGUCAGAUAACGAAAAAGAGGUCGCGGUAACUGCAGUGCUAAAACGAUUCCUGAAGAAUGAGCAGCUUAGCACGACACCAGAGAUUGAAAAGGGCAACGAUGCAAGUGAAGCGAUCUGGGACACCCCUAAACCCGUCAAACGUGGAAUCAGCAGCCGCUUCCCGGUUAUCCCAAGUACAGGCGACAUCUCUUCCGAUCCCAAAUCACCGUCGCUGUCGCGGCCUCCACCAAUUCCACUUAAAUCCCACUACCGUAUUGCCUCCGGCCAGAGCAUAGCGUUCAACAGUAUCCUCCCGCGACCUGGAACAUUUAUCCCUGGUGUCAAUGAACGCAACCGGAGUAACAGUGAGGGUAUUAUCCAGGCAUCUAUUGCCGCGCGAAGUAAACGGAUGGGGGGCAUCAGGAAAAAUGCUGAUCUCGGAAGAUUGGAUGAGACCCAGCCGUAUCGGAACAGUCAUCUUCGUGGUCUCAGUCAUGGGUCGAUCCUUCGCCCAAGAGCACCGGGCGCGGCAGGCAGUAACUCGUCCAGCCCAAGCAGCCCAAGGGAGCGUAGGCGCUUGAAGGAUUGUUUUGUAAACCGGAUGUCAAGCCUGCCGGAACAGAAGUGUGAAAGAAAGGCAAGGGAAUCGAUUAUCGAGUGUGGAAAGGGGGUCUUGUUUGCCCUUUUUCAGGUUCAGUCUCAUGUAUAUGCUUUGAUCAACAUGAUCAAACGCGAUGAUACCCGGCGAAACAGUCUCGAGAUUGUCUUUUAUAACGCCUCUACUCACGUUGACCGGCUCAACGAAGCUCUUGAAUAUGCGGAAAAUGCUCAACUAGAGGAUGCUGACUUGGUACGGCUAUCCAACGAAGCAGUCAAAAGGGAAUGCGAGACGUGUAUCAUGGCAUACACUCACGUUGGGGCGCAGCUGCGCAAUAGCCUUGGCAAGAUUGUCGCCAAUGCCGAUUCACGCUAUGUACGUUCGCUGAUGCUAAUGAUCUACAGCAGCAUCAUUGAGCUUCGCAAUGUUUGUGUGAGCCUCGGUGUUCCACUGCACACUCGCAAACGUCUCUCUUCCACCAAUCCGCCUAUACCGGAAAUACACAGAGAGAUGGUUGCCUCGGAUAGACUUACCGGAUCAACGGUGACCCCAACUAGAGGCAGGGCGCCGUCUCUCUCGGUGCGUCGUUACCGGAGUGAUACCACUAUUCAGCACCCUCAGCUCACCACCAGUGGGCCACUACAGACAGCAUCCAAUUUCCAUUCUGCGAUUAGCUCACCUGGGUUUGUCUCCACUCCAUUUAGUUACGCAGCGCGGAGUCGAUCAAGUAGUCGGUCAACCCACAUAAACACAUCGAUACCCUCGUCCCUUGCGACUCCCCGUUCCGGCGAGUCCUUCCCUCCAAUGCCUAGUACAGCUGUACCUCGGGUUAACCCCUUGACUGGCUUGGAUGAAAUCGAAGAAGAGCGAACAUUCGAGCGGAUCUUUCAUCAGCUCACUACUGCAUAUGCCGCCGCUCUACAGGCGCUACCUCAGGCACACCGUCAAUUUGUGCGAAGUCUUGAAUUGGCAGAACAAGUUCGAGAACCUGAAGUUAUACAGAUGCUCUGGAACAACCUCAUUCGGCGAUGUCGCGUGUGCUUGGAAGUAUCUGAGGCACUUGGACUCCGCCUUUCCAACAUGAAGAUAAAGGAGCCCGGCGGUGGGAUGCGCCACCAGCGCGAGUUCUGGCAGUUAUGCAAGGCAUUCAUGCAAUCAUUCGUUGAUCUUGUGACAGACCUGCGUGAAGUCAGGAGCAUGGAUCUACUCCCUUCUGAGAUUGUCGUGCUUCUUCGUCCGGUGCAGAGGGCCAGCAGAGAGGCCGGUCGGCUGAUCGAGGGUUCGCCAUGGUCGUACCUUGCAGACAUGACGUCUGGAAACGCACCAGCAAACAUAUACGGGCCCCCUUUACAGUCACAGCAUACACAGCAUCAGGUCAGUACAAGCCUGUCACCACAGUCUGUUACUCUUCCUGCAACACCAUUGAGUGCUGCUCUUGGUCCAGCCGCUCAGGCGACAGUGCCGUCUACCCCUGCAAGUGCAUACAGUGACAAAUUCUUCGAGGGAGAUGUGUUUCAGAGGGCCGACUCUCUACUUUCCAUGCCCAACCAGGCACCAUUCUUCAGUCGUCGGUGACGUGGCACAGCUGACCCCACUUGAUGUUUUGCCCGGGUGGGCGUUUGCCGCAUAUUUAUACCCUUGUGUUCCACUCUAGAUUUAUUUAUUCUCAAACCCCCUUCCGGCUCUUGUGGUGAGGUUUAUUAUGUUCUACAAGGCUUGAGGGCUUUUACGACCUCUUGGGUGCUCCUACUUGACUGGCUCAAGAGGCGGCAUCAA